CAAGUAAUUCUGUGCAACAACAACCGCCUAUACCAAAACCUCGCUAAACCCAUCUGUGACAGUUUUGAGUGAAUAUAUCAGGCAGGACUCAUCAGGAGCUCGCAACCAUCUCACUCGAGUCACUACACUGUCGAGAACGGCGCGCAGAGAGAUCAGAGAUGGACGCUUCGUCGUUUUCAUUCACGUCAUCUUCUCCGGCACCCGCUUCAAAAGUGCACUUAGCUCUUGCAGCGUUCUUCGGCGCGUCGGUAAUGGCGAUCUCCGCCUUCUACAUCCACAAGCGCAGCGUCGACCAAGCUCUCGAUCGCAUAAUCAACCUCCUCCGCGGCCAGCCUCCGUUCCCAUCCCCUGCAUCUGUUCAGGAAUCUGGUUCUGAUAAAGAAGAGGAACGCGAUGUUGUCCGUGGUAGGAAUAUCAGGAGCCAUAAUGAUUUAUCGAAUACAGCUUCUCAGAAUGGUGAUGGUUACCACUGCGGCGAUAAGGUGUUGAAGAAAUACGGAGUUUCAUCUUCGAUGCCUAACACGCGUCUUUCGAACGAGUGGAUGGACGGGGACGCGAAUUUUGAUCGGCCGUUGCACUAUGAAGAUAAGGCGUUGUCUGCUGAAUUGACGGAGCUCAAUAGGGUACCUUCUGAUCUACCCCAACUAAAAAUGGAUAAUGGGGACGGGAAGAACCAAUACAAUGAUGGUUCUGAUAGGAAGAUGCGUGUUGGGUCUGCUGGUACGCAAAUGACUCCAAAAUCCUCAAUUUUAAACUCACAAGAGGGCGAUCUCCAUGAUGAUGAGGAUGAGUUCAUUCAUGAGGAUAUUGAAUUCUUCCAUGAUGUUGGUACUGUACCAGAUGUCCAAAACAUGCCAAUCACUCCGUCACAAGCAGAAAACAGUUUUCAGCGUAAUGGUCAACCACAUAAAACAAUUAUCGAUGAAGGAAAAAUCAAUGUUGACCAUCAUCAUGAUAGAAAGGUGGAUACAGAUCUAGGACAGAUUAAGGCGACCGAUCACAUCUUCAAUGGUAUUUUAUCGCAGGUGCCUACAAUGAAUGAGUCAGUUAACAUUGAAGAGGAAGAGGUUUUGAGGAUGAUCCGUGAAUGUUUAGCUUUAAGACAAAGGUAUGUCUUCAAAGAGAAUAUUGUUCCAUGGAUGAAGGCAGCAGAUGGAGAAUCAAAUGUCAAACUAAACCCGUUUCAGUUUGUUCCUUGUGAAGCAACUAGUCACCAUUUUAAGAUGAUUGAUGGAGUAGUUCGAGUUUAUGCUAGUGAAAAUGAUACCGAAGAACUUUUUCCUGUUGCGAACUCCACAACAUUUUUCACUGACAUGCACCAUCUCCUAAAAGUUACGGCUGCUGGUAGUGUUCGUUCUGCUUGCCAUCAUAGGCUGCGAUUGCUCGAGGAGAAAUUUCGCCUCCAUUUGCUGGUAAAUGCUGACCGGGAAUUUUUAGCACAAAAGAGUGCGCCUCAUCGUGAUUUCUACAAUAUCAGAAAAGUUGAUACCCAUGUGCAUCAUUCUGCUUGUAUGAACCAGAAGCAUCUCCUCCGGUUCAUUAAGUCAAAACUAGAAAAAGAACCUGACGAGGUUGUUAUAUUUCGUGAUGGGCAGUAUCUUACAUUAAAGGAAGUCUUUGAGAGUUUGGACUUAACAGGGCAUGAUCUUAAUGUUGAUUUGUUGGAUGUUCAUGCUGAUAAGAGUACAUUCCACCGUUUUGAUAAAUUCAACCUCAAGUAUAAUCCAUGUGGUCAGAGCAGACUCAGAGAGAUCUUUCUGAAGCAAGACAACCUUAUUCAAGGCCGUUUCCUAGGUGAAGUGACAAAGGAAGUCCUGGCAGACCUUGAAGCAAGUAAAUACCAGAUGGCUGAAUAUAGAAUUUCAGUCUAUGGAAGGAAACAGAGCGAAUGGGAUCAAUUAGCUAGUUGGUUUGUAAACAAUGCCAUUUAUAGUGAGAAUGCUGUUUGGUUGAUUCAGUUACCACGUCUUUACAAUAUCUACAGAAGCAUGGGAACUGUUACAUCCUUCCAGAAUAUUUUGGAUAAUGUAUUCAUUCCUCUAUUUGAAGUCACUGUCAAUCCAAAUUCACAUCCUCAAUUGCACUUGUUCCUAAUGCAGGUUGUUGGUUUUGACAUUGUUGAUGAUGAAAGUAAACCGGAACGGCGUCCUACCAAACACAUGCCAACCCCUGCUGAGUGGACAAAUGAGUUCAAUCCUGCAUUCUCUUAUUAUGCUUACUACUGUUAUGCAAACUUGUACACACUCAACAAGCUUCGUGAAUCAAAAGGAUUCCCAACAAUACGAUUCCGACCUCAUUGUGGGGAGGCAGGCGACAUUGACCAUUUAGCUGCUGGAUUUCUUUUAUGUCAUAACAUUGCUCAUGGAAUCAAUUUGCGUAAAUCACCUGUGUUGCAGUAUGUGUACUUCCUUGCUCAGAUUGGAUUGGCUAUGUCUCCUCUAAGUAACAAUUCACUUUUUCUGGACUACCAUCGCAAUCCCUUCCUUAUGUUCUUCCAGCGUGGGUUGAAUGUUUCACUCUCAACUGAUGACCCUUUGCAAAUUCAUUUGACAAAGGAGCCCCUAGUUGAAGAAUAUAGUGUUGCAGCUAAGGUUUGGAAGCUGAAUUCUUGUGACCUCUGUGAGAUAGCUAGAAAUUCUGUUUAUCAGUCUGGAUUUUCACAUGAUGACAAGUUGCAUUGGCUAGGGAACAAAUAUUUCAAGAGAGGCCCUGAAGGAAAUGACAUUCACAAAACAAAUGUUCCAAACAUGAGGAUUUCCUUUAGACAUGAUACCUGGAUGGAAGAGAUCAUGUAUGUGUAUAGAGGAAAAUCCAGCAUUUCUGAAGAAAUAGACUACUGAUCUGAGGCCCAAUAAACACCACCUUCUUGGCUCUCUAUGAGAGCAAAUGCUCUGCAUCUUUUGAUGAUGCAGAUAUGCAGUCGAUCAGUUAACACUGACGUUCAUACAAUCAUACCUAAGAGAGACGUUUGCUAACAGAAGAUGGAGGUGACCUCAAUUUCUACCAAGCCAUUACCUACAGAGGCCAGGUAAUUGUAGUCCUAGAGAGAAGUUGGAGAGUAUUGGCGGAUCACAACUUAUUCACAAGCAAUAGAAAGCAGAAUAGUAUUACAAAUGGUAGUUUAAUAAAUAUAUUUUUAAUACUUUGUACUUUUAAUAAAUUUAGUUUUAAUACUUUGUAUUUUUUAAUACAUUUAUUUUUCAAUCUAUUCACAACCAUCCCGUUCCACUCCGUUUAACGCCUUCAUUGAAGUGAUUUGGAUACUCUACGGUUUAAGACUUUUAAGCUGCUUCAAAGUCAGUGUUCAAUAUACACUGCAAUAAAUGCC